GUUACUCUGCUCCUGCAUUCGUCCACUCAAAUAUAUCUACAACAUCACAUUGACUGUGCAGGGCUCUGAGAAUUUCAAUAUCAAGCAGUCAUAUGUGAUUGUCUGCAACCAUCAGACAAACUUUGAUCUUCUUGCAAUGGCAGAGAUCCUGCCAAAGCGCUGUGUACCACUUACUAAAAAAGAGCUGCUAUAUUGGGGGCCGGUGGGCUUCAGUGGUUGGCUAUGCAGCUUAGUUUUCAUUGAUCGUAAGAAGCAGCACCAAGCAAAGGACACCUUAGAAAAACUUUCAGAGAGGAUGCAGCAUGAGAAGCUGAGGAUCUGGGUUUAUCCAGAAGGCACCAGGAACCGAGAGGACACCAUGCUUCCUUUCAAGCGGGGUGCCUUUCACUUGGCUAUAAAGGCUCAGGUUCCCAUUGUCCCCGUUGUGAUAUCUUCUUACAGAGAUUUUUACAGUUUGGAGGAUAAGAGAUUUGAUCCAGAAUCUAUUUUGGAGAAGAUGCUUACAGUAAGAGGAAGAAUUCCAUGUCCAUUUAAAUCCAACAUCACUAAAUAUGGUCUGUUUGAUCAUAUACCUGCCAUUCAAGACGUGGGUUAUGGUUCUCUUCAGAAAGCAGGUCUUAGACUAACUAUGUUGAUAAUAACUGCAAGACAGAGCUGGCAAUUAAAUGUUGUAUCUGAUAUGGAACUAUACCUGAAAGUCCUUUCAACAAUCCCAAGAAGGUACCACACUCGUUUGCAUUCUGAUUUAGGUAAUACAGAUAAACCCCAAGUGGCCUCAACAACUCUCAGAAAGCUAACUACUGAUCCUCAGUGCCAACGGCCAAAUGACUCCAAAUAA